AUGAGACUUUCUGGAACAAACAAAAACAUGGAAGCAGAAAAAAAUUCUGUGUCAACCUCUUCAAAACAGAAGAGAUCAUUUGAGGGUGCUUUAGAAGAACUCAAAUCUCAAGAUGAAGCUGAUGAUGCAUGGGAUUUAGUCAAGAAAGAUGAACAUCCUGGACGUGUACGUCUUAGGGGGAGGGGUGUCACUAAAACCAUGCUCCAAAAUAAAAAUAAAAAGAUCAUGGAUCCCUCUGAGCAAGUUCCAGAAUCUGUUGUUCAAACUAUAUCACAAAAAGUUGAGCAAGAGUUGACAAAAAAGUUUGAAGAGCAGAAGGCAGAUUUGGUUCAUGGUUUCGCCGAGCUCUUGACUGAAACACUUGGGCAAACAAUUGAUCCGGCGGCUAUUGCAAGACUUAUUGCACGCACAAGAUCACCUGAGCAAGGUGGUAGUGCUCGAAAUCAUGAUCAUCCUCGCUCAUCUGCAAGCAGCCAUCAGCCACGAAAUGAGGAAAACAUCUGAAGAUCCAUGUUUGUCGCUCUUUGGGGGAUUUAUUUGUUGUG